GAUAUGUUAUUAUCAAGCUAUAGUGGUCAUUUUAGCCAUAUUACAUGUACGUAUAUGACAGUACAAGGAAGUACAGAUAUCGAGCACAGUUAACGGUUAUGGUGGCGUAUAUUUAGCAGAGGAGUUGUCCAUUGUUAGUGAGAUUGUAUUUAAAGAAAGCACCGAGAGUUCAUCGAUUAGUUAUUCACAUCCAACGCAUCAUGAAGUUGUGGCUAGCGAUCCUGCUCAUCACCGCCUCCGUAUGCCUUGCAGCAUCAGCUUCCAUCAAGGCUCCACCCUCAACGUCCAGGGACCAGCUCCACCACCCUCUAUACAGACCAGCACCGAACACCCCCUAUCAGCAUCCGAGGAAAGGGGAGACGUGUAAGGAUGGAGUGUGCACCAAACUGCCUCCCGGCCCGAAUGGAUGUCCUGAAUGCCAAUAUGCCCUGCCUUUAGACUUCACUGAUGACCAGUUCGUUUGAAUAAAUAAGAUAAGGAAAAA